AACGGUGGAUCUCUGCUAGACAAGAACUCCUGAAUUGAUGGGCCCAUCUUAUCAUCGACGCAGACACCGGGAAAGCUCAAGCGCCUCCCUUCCAAUCCCAUUCCGCUGGGAAAUCACCUUUUGGCACGAUUAGUGCUACACUAGGAUUCUCAGCAACAGCACACAGAGGGCCGUCAAAAUUUCUUUCCUUGAGGAUCUUGAGUGUGAGGAGGCAGAAAGAAUGGGCGCUGGAGCGAGUGCCGAGGACAAAAAGUCCAAGGAAUUGGAAAAGCAACUCCAAGAGGAUGCCGACAAGGACUCGAAAACGGUCAAGCUUCUGCUGCUUGGUGCUGGUGAGUCGGGAAAAAGCACCAUUGUCAAGCAAAUGAAGAUUCUGCAUCAGGGUGGUUACACAAAAGAGGAACAGUUGGAGUUCAGAGCAAUCAUCUAUGGCAACAUCCUGCAGUCUGCCCUGGCUAUCAUCAGAGGCAUGGAGAUUCUGGGAAUCGAUUUUGGUUCUCCCUCUGCACAGGAGAACGCACAGAAACUGCAGAACUUGUCCGACUCCAUCGAGGAAGGCACGAUGCCUCCCGAGCUGGCCGACGUCAUCCAGAAGCUGUGGAAGGACUCCGGUGUGCAAAGCGGCUUCGAAAGAGCCGCCGAGUACCAACUCAACGACUCGGCCGGCUACUACCUCAACGAAAUGGACAGAAUCUGCAAACCCGACUACCUCCCCACCGAGCAGGACGUGCUGCGAUCUCGAGUCAAGACCACCGGUAUCAUUGAAGAACAGUUCUCCUGCAAAGAGCUGCACUUCCGGAUGUUCGAUGUGGGAGGCCAGAGGUCCGAGAGAAAGAAGUGGAUCCACUGUUUCGAGGGCGUGACCUGCAUCAUUUUUUGCGGCGCCCUCAGCGCGUACGACAUGGUGCUGGUAGAAGACGACGAAGUGAACCGAAUGCACGAGUCCCUCCAUUUAUUCAACAGUAUCUGCAACCACAGGUUCUUUGCGCUGACGUCAAUCGUUCUGUUCCUCAACAAGAAGGAUCUUUUUGAGGAUAAGAUCAAGAAGGUCCACCUGAGCAUCUGCUUCCCGGACUACAAUGGCACGAAUACGUACGACGACGCCAGCAACUACAUCAAGGCGCAGUUUGAGGAGCUGAACAUGAAGAAGGGAGUGAAAGAAAUCUACUCCCACUUGACCUGUGCCACAGACACAAAGAACGUUGAGAUUGUGUUCAACGCCGUCACAGACAUCAUUAUCAAGGAGAACCUUAAGGACUGCGGUCUCUUCUAAGCAGCGCAACAGUCGUAGAACUUUACUCGGCCCCUCACCUAUCGGCGUUAAUUGAGACGUGUACCAACGGCGCAACAAGGAUCCUCUCGCUUCGUUGUGUUCAUGCCAAGUGACUCUUACCAAGCUCACAUUCUUCCAACUCUGCUCAAGAUUCACCACUUAAUGGAUGUACAGGUUUUUACUGGUAUAAAAAAAAAAAGAAUAAUAAUCCAAAAAACAGUAGCGGCUGGUAUUUGAAGACGACCUCAUUGCUUCCUCCGCCGACUUCCCGCAAGCUCGCUGAAGAAUAAGGUAUUCGGAAUGAAAAAGACAAUGAACCCGGAGUUAAAGAGUAAUGUUUUCAUGUAGCAUCACCGCAUCCUUCUUUUUGCUUUUGAGUACCGUAGUCUCUGUGGUCUUGAUAUAACUGUAAAAUGUUGCCGAGAAAAUAUCUGAAAUGAUUCCCAGCGCUUGCAGAAUGUCCAGAUUACAAACCCAAAUUGUUAUCUAAUUUAAAAUAGCGUUGAUGUUUUUGAUUCACCUGACAUUAUGUGGAGAAAAAUACAUUUCUGACAGGCAAGCAUGUUAGACAAACAUUGUACAUAAGAGUAGUUAAUUCAUAAUUGUUUUGAAUGAUAAGAAAAUGUAUAUGUUAUAUAUAUACUGUAUAUAUAUAUAGAUAGAUAUAUACACAGUGUAUAUGAGAGAGACAGAAAGAGGGCAAACAAUAUAGAAGGGUGAUGCUUAAUUAUUAAAAGGGAAUACAAAUUUACAGUUUGUCCUUUCUUAUGAAUUGUAGAGGCAUGAAUUAAAGCUGCAUCACGCA